AACUUUCAGAUUGUCUCACGAUUGAAAAUAAAUCUAAAUAUGAUUGUAAUGUGGUUGUGAAGGAAUUUUACUCCUUUAAAGAAUCUUUUGCUCCAUGAAUGAAAAAUAAAGCCACAAAAGAUAGAAAUGGGCGUUGCUUGGGUUUUCGAAACAGGUAAAAGUGCUGUUAGCAUUGAACGUGCAAUCGAAGGAGAAGGUGGCGUGAAAAGUGGCAUUUUCACGGUUGAUUCCACGCCAUUCAAACCGAGCGAUAAUGUUCAAGGAGCUAUCAAUCACGUAUUCAUCCUGCAUCAUUCGCGUUUCCCGCAAAGUACUUUCACAAUAGCACCGAAUGAAAAGCAAAAACACUGUCCACGGGCGAUAUCCGAUCGUGGAUUCGAUUGUAUCUUGGCAAAACUUAGUUCCGGAUUGGUACAAGAUACUGCUGGAAAAUUCGAAGUUUCUGGUCAUGAAUAUGUAUUGCAAGAUUUUAUUAUUCGGACCGGAAAUGCCUCAAUGGGUGUAAUCAGCAAAGGCGUAAUUGUUGAAGUUGAAUAUGCACCAUCUUGCGUAGCAUCACAAUGUAGUAACUUUUUGCAAGAAUUCAUAGGAGUGUUUUUUCCUGACCAUGUUGCUGAUAAGCCAGCGGUUUUGCAAAAAGCGCAACCGGAGCCGUAUAAUGCUCUUGAUACUAUGCAUCAAUAUUUGGAUAUUUUUCAAAAUAUGCGGAAAAAAACAUAAGUUCACUUGAUUUUGUAUUCCAAUCGUUGAAUGUGAGGAAUUUCGACGUGGUUACCGGUCAGUUCAGAGUUUUGCAACAAAUUUGGAACUGCGAAAAGUGAC